GUUUUCUGUUUUCAAUUUAUUUCCGUUUUCAGUUCAUACGUUUAUGUUUACUUUGGUGCAAUGCCGUACCUAAAUCGUUGGUUGCGCUUGAGCACAUUUUUAAUGUGCUCAGUCAGUCUCGUCGUCGGUCAAUACUAUAUUGAAGAUGAAAAGGAAGCUAAAAGCAAUAUCGUAUGGUGUGCGACAAGCCUGGAGGAGACAUACAAAUGCCAAAAUUUCACAAAAGCCCUCGAACGAGAUGUCGCCUUGUUCAAUGAUUUCUUCAUGAACGUCUCAUGCCACCAUGGGUACGAUCAUGAUGAAUGUAUGGCGUUGAUCAACGAACGCAAGGCUGAUGUCAUGACGUUAGAUGCUGGCGAGGUAUUCAGCGGCGGCCGGUUCCAUUCUCUGAUACCGUUGAUGCAGGAAGGAUAUGAAGGAGGCUUCACGCAAUACCAUGCUGUAGCGGUGGUCAAGAAGGGGUCAUUGCCAGAUGUUACCCAUUUGCGGCAUCUUCGUGGCAAAAAAGCUUGCUUUGCUUGGGUCGGUAGCCACGCUGGAUGGACCGUUCCGAUUCAUGUCUUGCAACGCGACGGUGGAAUGGUUAUUACAGACUGCAAUAAUAUCGUAAAAACGGCUUCCGAUUACUUUGGGCCUUCUUGUGCGGUGAACGCACUCAUUGAUAAAUAUAAUCCAAUUGGGGACAAUUCAAACAAACUGUGCAACCUGUGCACAGGUGAAGUGCCUGGAGGCAAAUGCACUCCGUCUGAUCCGUAUUUGGGAUUCGAAGGUGCAUUCCGCUGCCUUGUAGAGGCGGGUGACAUCGCUUUUCUGAAGCAUUCUACCGUAGAAGAAAUGGUUGACAGCGGCUUUAUACCUGGGGUGACUGUUGACCAGUUUGAGCUUUUAUGUCGCGAUGGUACCCGUCAGCCUAUAACUCAGUACCGUCAGUGUGAAUGGGGUAACGUACCCUCCCAUGCUCUGGUUAUAUCUAGUGCUACAUCGAAUGCCGAUCGCCGACGAUUCAAGAAAUUUUUCACCAAGGCAGUUAACUUGUACGGUUCUAAGCAACGCCGAUAUAACAGUACUACGUCGUCGGGAUACGAUAGACAAGAUGAUCGUUAUCGGCCGUACCAAAAUCCAUAUACAGCCUCUUCCACAACUACUUACUCACCCUACACAUCUUACGAUCAGUCGGCAUUAAACGAUAGUCAACCCUUCGAAUCGUUCGAUCUGUUCGAAUCAAAGCGAUAUGGAAGACGUUUGAAUUUGAUGUUCCAGGAUGCCGCUAGACACCUCGCUCCGAUCGACGAUGAUAAGCAAAACUACCAAAGGUAUCUAGGGCCCGCUUUGGAUGAAAUCUAUGACACCCGUUCGUGUCCUGUUGGAAGGAUGAGUCUAUGUGUUACAUCUGACGCAGAGUACGAAAAAUGUAUCAAAAUGCGCACCGCCCUAAAAGCACAACUGAUCAAACCGGAUAUGCUCUGUCUGAAAGCCCACUCGCACAUCACAUGCAUGCAACAUAUCCAGUCGGGGACGGCCGAUGUAACCGUGCUUGAUGCCAGCGAUGUGUACACUGCCGGGUUGCACUAUGAUUUGAUGCCUUUCAUGUCCGAGGUGUACGAUCUGGGUCUGCCGGAAUACUACGUGGUUGCCGUAGCAAAGGAGGAGGAUCCAGACACUGAGCUAACAUACCUUCGGGGUAAAAAUACGUGCCAUUCUGGUAUUAACACCGCCGCCGGCUGGGUGUAUCCGAUGGCGUACCUUAUUUCGAACGGCUGGAUUCGCCCGUAUGGCUGCGAUAGUGUGCGCGCAGCGGCCGAAUAUUUCACCAAAUCCUGCGUCCCAGGUGCUAUCAGCAAAGAGUACAACACCGGCAUUCCGUACGAUAAUAUGUGUGAUUUGUGCCACGGUAGCAGCUUUAGGUAUUGCCGUCGUGAUGCGUCUGAAGAUUAUUAUGGAAAUUCAGGAGCAUUCAGGUGCUUGGUUGAGGGAGGCGGACAUGUGGCGUUUGUGCGUCAUACUACCGUAAUUGAAAAUACUGGAGGCAAAAAGCGCGAAUGGUGGGCUCGAGAUGCAUUGCCAGACGAUUUUGAACUACUCUGCCCGGACGGAACAAGGGCGGAAGUCAACGAGUUUAAAAAAUGUAAUCUUGGCGUGGUGAAAGCGAAUGCAAUCGUUGCCCGCGGAGGACGAGGAUAUAAUGGAACGGAGCAGAAAGCCUACAUCAAUCUGUUUACCUACGCACAGCAAUUUUACGGAAGAAAGUUUUCAGAUGACUUUAGCUUCAGCAUGUUUUAUUCGGUUCCUCCGUACCAUGAUUUGAUAUUUUCCGACGCAACCCGUGGAUUGCGUGUGGUUGACUCCGAUAAACGAUGGUUCGACGCGUAUUUAGGGCCAAACUUCAUGCGUGCUCGUCGUAUCACCGAUUGCCAUGCAGGUGCAACCAGUUUGAAGAUUAACGUCUUCAUUAGUUUUACGCUUGUAGCAGUAGUAUUCUUUUGGCCAAGGAACGCAAUCUAG